AUGAUUAUUGCCAACCCCAAUGUCCCGGCUGCAAGACAAACAUCAUCGAGUUCGAUUCCGCCACAUCCUGCGUGCUUAACGGAUCUGCCCGAACUCGAGAGCACCUUGAAGAGCCAGUUAAACCGUUGCGAGAAUACCAACGCCUCUGAUGCCGUAUCGGCAUUGCAGUCGCAAGCCUCGCGGCUCAUACAAUUUGGAGCUUCCUUGACCGCGGCGUCUGGGGUCGCGAAGACGACUGGCGGUCCUGUCACGGCCAUUGGGGUAACUGACACCCCAGCGGAGAGGGCCUCACUCUCAUCGGUGUUCGCAACAGCUACCUGGGCGGCAGGGCACUCCUCGGGAAUGGCUUCUGUUUCCGCUGCGAAUCGCACCUCUACCCCCAUCGCCAACCCGGCGGCCCUCACUUCUGCUCCAUCGUCGGUAGAAACCAAACCACCUGGCCCUGGACCGGCGCUGAGCCAUACGUGGAUUGCAGGGCCAGUGCUGGGAUCAAUAUUAGGGGUUUCGACCGUAUUGAUAGUUAUAUACUGCACGCGACGCAAACAAAGGAGGGAGGAAUGGGAAUUAGGAGCGGUACAGCCCAAGGAAUUCCGUGACGACGACUCGACCGCCGCGGAUUCAGGAAAGCCACAAUUACAUUCAGAAUGCGUUCCCCCAAAGGAGCUGGAUAACUCCGAGGUGGUGCUCCCUGCGGAACUCCCUGCACUCGAGCCCGUGGGAAUGGAACUUCUCACACCGCGUGACGUGACCGAUAAACCGGAGAAGGAGUGGCCGCUACCCAUUUCUCCGCUGCCUGCAUUAUUUGCUGAGGCGGAAAUGCGUGAUGAGAGGGCAGGGAAAUCCGAGUCGCCGAAACAUGAAACAUUUUAUCACCCUUGA